CAGGACUUGAGGGAUUUUUUUUUCCCCCUGGGAGAUGGAGUUAGGAAAACAUGAAAGAAAAGUCUCAGGAAGAGAAGGCUUAAAAGAAAAGCAAACGGUCUCUUCCCAUGAAUCUGGAACCAAGCCAUUGACCUUCACAUUUGUUCCAUCUAUUGGACAACUUCCAACUCAUUUUGAGGUUGUAGAUGUCUCUAAGUUCCUUGUGAGAAUCCCAGAGGAGCCAAAGGGUCUGAGCCAUCAAGAAGUUACAUAUAAGGCAAACACAGCCUCUGAUGAGCUGUCCUUGAAGAGCGGAGCCACUGUUCACACAGACAGCGCCCAAAAGAUUUUCCAGCCCCCAAGCUGUAAUUCAAAUAGAGGAGAAAUGCAGGAGAAUGACCUUUUUAAGGCUGAGUUUAUCCUGAUUACAGACUCCGGUGAAGAAGAUGAAGUGGCCAUUGCCUCGAACAGUGCUCAGCAGGCUCCCAAUGGCUACGGGCCCAUCAGUGCCCGGCUGCUGGCUGCAUCCCAUGUGUCUGCUGGCGGCGAGGCAAGAAAACCUCCCGGUGAUUUGCAUGGUUCAAGUGCUACGCCUUUCCACAGCACUACUGAUCAGCAAAAACAGCAGUUAAUUUCUACUCUUUCCACCUCUGAUCAUCUUUCCUCUAAAACACCUGCUGUCCACUUAAUUUCUCCAACUAAUCCGAAAGUAGAGUGUGGUGACAUGGUUAACCUGAAUCAAGCCUCUUCACUGGAAGACUCCCAUAACAACUGGCAGUCACCAGCUGGGUCUUCUAAACAAGAUUCAUCUCUCUGCUUUCAGUCUACUUUUCAUAGUCCACCUCCUUCCAUGUCUAAUAUAUCUUCCUCUGCAUCAAGCAGUUGUUACUCCAGGCCUCAGUUAUAUAAUAACCUACAAACACCAAGUCUCCAUACCCCUGGCUGUGUUUACAAAACAGCAGAAUUCACCACAUCCUCUGUUCCAGCAAAAAGUCCAAAUCCCUCCUCAGGUCUUCCACAUUCAGCUGAAAUUCAAGCAUCACCUGCUCAGCCUUUAUCCCCCAGUUCUUCCAAAAGAUUGAAUGCUUUAUGUCCCAUCCCUGUACAUAUAGUAACACAUUCAUUAUCUCCUAGCCCUAAACCUUUGUCCCCACCCUCUCUUUAUGGUUCCUCUUCAACCAUAGGUAGUUUAAGUGAGUCCUACACACAAAUGUCAUCUAGAGGAAAUCCAGCAAAGUCAGGAAUUAAAACCCCUCUGCUAACCAGACUCACUCUCUUAACUGCUGUUUUGAGGUCAGGCUCUUCUCAGCAGACACCGCUCUCCCCCGCUCCUUGUCCCACAUUGUCUCCCAGCUCCCUUGGUUCCUCAACAUUCGCAAUAGAUCAGAAAUUCAAAACAACUCCUCCAACCCCAAAGAAACAUUUCUCAAGUCCUUCUAUUGGGCCUGACUCUCUAAGCAGAAAGCAGUGCUGGCUUUCAGGAUUUGCUCACCACAUGCCUUUAUCCUCACAGCCUCACUCCACCUCUCGGGCUAGGUCACUUUCUCCUAAGAAGCACCUUUCCCUCAGAACACUUUCUCCAGAUUCAUUAAGUCCUCUGUCAUCCCCUGUCGCUUCCCACAGAAAAUUAGUUGCAUCUCCACAUUUACAGCCUAUGCUACCUACUUCUGCCAUGAGUCCCUGCACCUUGAUACACUCUUCUCUUUCACACCCUCCCUCUCCUCCAGAAGGGAUGCAUUAUCCCCUCUCCAGAUCCCGAGGACCUCAGAUGUCGCGGAGGGUGCACACUUACUCACCCAUCUUUACCUGUCAGUCAUAUCCUUUGCUUUCUUGUCCUAGUCAGAGUGGCAUGGUCUCUCCCACCCUAGAAAAGCACUUGUCUCCCUCCCCAAGUCUUUCACAUUCGACUUCUAGAUCUAAAACAGAUUCAUCCCACAAGUCUAAUCAGGAGCGGAGUGCCUCCUCUCCUACCCCUUCAAAUGUCUCAAACCAGUUGUCUCCCUCACGGCCUGAUAUUACUUCACCUAUUCCCCAGACUUAUAAUAUUAAUUACCAGCCGCUGCAGCUUAAUUCCUCAUCAAUGCACACAAAUUAUAGGUCUAAUUCCUACUCUCCAAGACCUGAGCAAUCUGCCACCUCACCAGUAUUAAAGUGCAGAUCUCCUGUCUCAGACAAGUCACCAUGCACACUGCUAUCAAGACCCAGAGAGCUGACUUCACCACAAUCUUUCUCCCUGCCUCCUGAACAUGAAAACAUCAAACCCAAGCAGUACAAGAUCAAGACAAGCUACAAGGCAUUUGCAGCAAUCCCUACAAACACAUUACUAAUGGAACAGAAGGCAUUAGAAGAGCCACCCACUGUGACUGAAGGCACCACUUUGGACACUCAUUCAGAGAUGUGCUCCCCUGCCCAACUCAGACAACAAACAGAAGAGUUGUGUGCUGUCAUUGAUCAGGUCCUACAGGAUCCAUUGCCUAUGCGCCGAUGUGAGUCUUCUCCAAGUUUCUUGCAGAUGACCACAGAAUCAGAUGUUGGCAAGGUGUCAACAACACUGCAGAGAGCAGCUGGACGUGAAACCAAAUAUGCCAGUCUUUACAAAUCAGCACCUAUGGUGACAGAGAGUCAGCAGACGAAACCUGGUGUCAUUCGCCCAGUGCUGGUGAAAGGAAAGAGUGCACUGAAAAAGGAGGAGCCCUAUCAACCAAACCCUUUUAAAAAGUACCUUGAAGAAAUCAGUGAUCAAGAUACUGCGCAGCCCAGUCAUCCCAUAGUGCCUAUUCCAGAAAAUGAAACACUCAGCUCUGAGGAGGCUGCCAAUGAAAGAGGUUCUGUUUAGCCAUAAUGCCUUGAAUUAGGAUCCAGAGCUAAACCUGUAAAGGAUUUUGAGGCCUCUUCCUAUACUGAGAUGGAAUCCACACCACAAAUGUUAUUUAACACACCACUUCAAAAAAAAUUGCUUCCAGUAUACUAGUUGCAAAGCAGUCAUAACUGUCAAAUAUUCUUUCCAGAGAUAACCAUACGUACUAGAGUAAUUAACCCCAGAGAUACACACACGAAUGUGGCAUAUUUAUAUAUCGUUUCUUGAAGUGCUUACUGGUUUAAGAGGUGCCAAGAAUAACACAGCAUAUUUUCUUUAGAAAUAAUAUAAAUGUUGACAUUAAAUAAAGUGUAUUUUUGUUGCAAA